AUGCAGGAUAAGCAGCAGAAUCUCCACCAGGCAACGGCCCUGUCCAGAGCCAAAGGCUUCACUCCAGAGCAGGCAUUGCUGGGCAAAGCCCGAGCUCUUCCUGCCUCUCUGACCGCAGACCAGCAGGCUGGGGCACACGUGCUUGCAGAGAGCUCCACACCAGAGGGAGUGCGUUUCCGAGCGAGCCUCGAGCGUAGGGAGCAGGUAUCCACCAGGACUCGGAACUACAUUGACUUGGAUGAACUUCCACCAGCUGUUGGUUCGGUUGACGAUGAUGAUGGCUAUGAGCCCUCACUUGCCCCGACACCCACAAUGGAAAUUGACAGUGAACAACCCGAAGAUGAGGCUUCUCCCCCUGAAAGUAACUUGGGUGGUACCCCCGAAGAAGAGGACCCCGAAAAUGGAGGAUCGGGUGAAGUAGCAGUAGAUGGGGAUUUGGGGGGUCUUGGAGUUCAUGUAGGGAUUCUUCAAUCACUGAUACCAAAGGCUUGCAUAGAGGAUCUCCUUGAUGCAAAUCGAGUUCUGUUCGAAGCCAAGAAGAAUCCAGUCACCCUUGUCAUUGUUCCCAUCGCAGAGAAACAGGACAUGAUUGCCAUCCCGGAUUUCUCUGCUGGCGCCAUGGAAAACUGGGGCUUGGUGACCUAUCGGGAGGUCGCGCUCCUCUGCGACGAAAGCACCGUGUCUGCCACACAAAAGCACCGGAUUUGUACGGUGAUUGCGCAUGAACUGGCGCAUCAGUGGUUUGGCAACUUGGUAACCAUGGAGUGGUGGGACGACCUCUGGCUGAACGAGGGCUUCGCCAAUUGGAUGCAGACCUUUUGCUCGGAUCGCUUGUUUCCGCAGUGGCACAUCUGGGAGUCCUACGUUGGGAUGGAACAGCAGAGAGCUUUGCAGUUGGAUGCCUUGAGAAGUUCCCAUCCCAUUCAAGUGCCAAUCAAAAAGGCCGAGGAGGUGAAAGAGGUCUUCGACGCUAUCUCUUACUGCAAGGGUGGCAGUGUGGUGCGGAUGAUCUAUCGGGUCCUGGGGGAGAAGCACUUCCAGGAAGGUUUGCAGUUGUACUUCUCGCGACACAAAUACAGCAACACCCGAACCAUCGACCUUUGGAAUGGCUGGAAGGAAGUGUCUGGAAAGCCCAUCGACAAGAUGAUGAGUUCAUGGACUGAACAGAUGGGUUUCCCAGUGCUCGAAGUCAACGGGUCAAGUGGAGUUGAAACAGAGUUGGUUUCUGACCAAUAA